AAGACUGAAGUUUACCAAUUCUUGAAAAGAUGGCUGAAGAUCAGAACACAACUGACCGUUGGGAGUUGCCUUCAGCGUCAGAGCCCGUCAAAAACGUAGUUCUGGUAGGCCGUACUGGGAAUGGAAAAAGCGCCACUGGAAAUUCCAUCAUCGGAAAAAAGGUGUUCGAGUCCAAAUAUCAAGCUGUUGGUGUUACCACAAAAUGUAAGACAUUUAGAGCUGUGACACAGGAUGGCCCGAUAAUCAAUGUGAUUGACACUCCUGGUCUCUUCGACCUGGCCGUGUCCGCAGAGUUUAUCAGUAAGGAAAUCGUCAACUGCCUUAUUCUUGCUAGAGAAGGGCUACAUGCCGUCGUGUUAGUUCUAUCCUUGUCGACUCGGAUUUCACAAGAGGAAGAAAAUGCACUUUGUACGUUACAGAUGCUGUUCGGGAGUAAAAUCGUUGACUAUUUGAUCGUUGUAUUCACUUGCGGUGAUAUGUUGAAAGAUCGGAAGAUGACACUAGAGGAUUAUUUGUCCAAUGGUUGCCCUGAAUUUCUAAAGAAAGUUCUCAGACUAUGUGGAGGUAGAAGGGUUGUAUUUGAUAACCGAACGGAAGAUGAAGAGGUGAAGGCUAAGCAAGUCCAUGAGCUUCUCGUCCAUGUCGCAGCGAUCGAAAGUGAAACUGGUGGGAAUCCAUUUACGGACACGAUGCACCGUAGGAUACAGGAAGAGGCUGAAAGGGUCAAAAGGGAAGAGAAGGAAAUUGAAGAAAAGAACAUUGCAGAGGAAGAGAAAGCAAAGUUGAAGAACGAGCUAGACAAGUCGUAUAGCCAAAAUAUGAACAUGAUGGCACAGAUGAUGGAGAGGAUAUUUAAAGAAUCUGCGGCGGCAAAUGAGAGACAAAUGAAUAUGAUGAAAGACUUUAUGGAAAUUUCAAUUAUCGGAAAGGAUGCUCAGCGUAAAAGAGAUGAAGAGAAGCGGGAGCAGCAGGCAGCGAGGAAGCAGGAAUGCAACAUCUUGUGAUCGGUGUGUACCAAUUCAGCUAAGUCCGUGUUCAUAAAAGAUCAAGGAAGAUAGUGAAGGUCUGGCUAUGCACAUUUCAUAUACUUCUUAUUUUAUUUAUGUGUUUUGUGAUUUCUGCUUUUGUUUGCGUUUAUGGAUUUCCUUUGCGACUGUAAUACAAGUAGAGUUUGUUGACAACUUUUAUUUAAAUUUCCUUAUUAAUGAUGAAAUAAAGACAGGUGACUUAU